AUGGGAAAGAAGAACGCCACUGCCCAGCAAACCAAAGCCGCCGCCAAAGCGGCGAAAAAGGCCAAGGCUGAAGCGAAGACGGCGCGCACUCAGACGAAGAAGGUGAAGGGCAAGAAGGGAAAGGGCGAUGACGCGGAGGAUGAGCAAGAUCUCGAGCGCAUACUCGAAGACAUGCGGAAAGAGUACGAAGCCGCGCAUGCAGUGUCCGAGGAAGUCGCGGCCGGUCCACCCAGCCGACGUGCAAACGCGACGCUCACGCCCUGCCCGAAUGGCAAUCACCUGUGGUGCAUCGGCGGCGAGUUCUUCGGCGAGGAUAAGAAGGCGUACUUUUACAACGAUGUCUUUCGCUACACCCCCGAGAAGGAUGAGUGGCGCAAGUUCAUCUCUCCGACGUGUCCCGGCCCCCGCUCAGCGCAUGCCGUCGUGGGCUCUCCCGCGGGAGGUGGCAAGCUGUAUCUAUUCGGUGGCGAGUUCUCGUCUCUCUUCCAAAAUACAUUCCAUCAUUACCGUGACUUCUGGGUCUUCGACAUCACUAGUCAUGCUUGGGACCGCAUCGACCUCAAGAUCAUGCCCACUGCGCGUUCAGGACAUCGAAUGGCCAUGUGGAAACACUUCAUCAUCCUGUUCGGAGGCUUCAACGAUCCGGGGAUCAUCACAAAAUACCUGAACGACCUGUGGGUAUUCGACACACAAGAGUACAGAUGGACACAGAUAGAGUUCAGGGAAAACGAGAAUCGACCAUCACCCCGAAGCGGAUUCUCUUUCUUACCGACCCCCGACGGAAUUGUGCUUCACGGAGGAUACUGCCUGGAGUACGCGAAGGGUAAACGCCCGGUCGGUAUCAUGCUCGAAGACACCUGGUUUCUGCGGAUAACGAUGGUUACCGGCGAUGCAGCCUCAGCUACGCCCGCUGCUGCACCAGCACCAACAAGCAAGAAGGGGGCCCCAUCGAAGGCUGCCAAGAAUAAACUGCCGUUUACCGUCAAGUGGGAGAAGCGCAAGCGGCCUUCCACCGCCUUUGCACCAUCACUGCGUAGUGGGUGCACGAUGGCUCUAUGGAGCGCGCGGGGUUUAGGUGUCAUGUUUGGCGGCGUCACGGACGAGGACACGGAUGAGGAGAGCUUGCGUAGCGUCUUCCACAACGACCUUUAUGCCUAUCAGCUAGGGCUUGAGAAGGGUAAGUGGUCGUCGCUGCUAUUACGGAAGCCGAAAAGGAAGAAGAGUGGCGCAAAAAAGAAGGCGCAAGCAAAGGCGAACAGGGACUCCGACUCCGACGACGACGCGCCGCCGCCAAUCCCUGCUCCGAGUGCACCUGCAAACGAGGCGACAGAUGAUGAUCCGACAUUGACCACGCCAAUGCCACGGUACAACGCGAUGCUUGCCAUCUUGCGCAACAUGCUCUUCAUAUACGGAGGUAUUUUCGAGCGCGGAUCCCGCGAGUACACCCUGGACGACUUCUACGCUCUCGCAUUGGACAAACUGGAUCGAUACGUAUGUUUGAAGAAGAGUGACCUGCUCAUACCCGAAGGCGAAGAAAGCAGCAGUAGUGGAGAGGACGAUGACGACGAUGACGACGAUAGUAGUACUGAUUCGGAGGCGAGCGAAGGCGGCGAAAGUGUAUCGGCAGAAAAGCGGGACAGAGUUGAGAGUGCACAUGUUCCCGACCAGGAAGAGGUCGAGGAGGUUGUUGAAGAGCACGCGGAGGAGGACAGCAGCGGAAGCGAGGGGAGCGUGGACGGGGACGAGCGUGAUAAGGCGGCGCUCAGGGAAAGAGCUACAGCUUUCAUGGGUGUGUCGAAGGAUACCACCCGCUCAGAAGAGGAUGUCAUCAGCACACCACUUCCUGGCGAGAGACUCGCCGGAUUCUACAGGCGCUCGAAGGAAUACUGGCUUAUGAAGGCCCGCGAGACCACUGACGAUCGCGGCAAGGUAUUGAGUGAACGCGCAUUCCACACUGCCCACAAAAGAUUCGAUGAAUACAAGCCACUUCUCAGAGAGGUCGAGAAGAUAUUAGCGGAAGCCGGUCUGGACGAAGAGGAAAUGAAGCGCGUCGGAGCAGGCAAAGGUGCUGGCGCUCAAGGGCAAAGUCGAAAUAGGCGAUGA